AUGAAUCAUGCCAAAUUCAAGUUACGGCAAAAUAGUAGAGGAUUGAUAUUUAAUAAGCGACAAGUUGAUAUAGUAUCGUCUAUAGCCUCUAUUACCCAGCUUAAAAGCUUUAAAUCUAAAUUAUUGGCUUAUUACAAGAGAUUUUACAAAUUACGCGAUUUCGAGUGUUCCCAAAGAUUAUAUCGUAGCCAAGAACAUCCAUAUGACAAGGUAGAAAUAAGUAAAGAUGACUAUGUUAAUUUAUUAAAAAGACAAUUUCGAAAUGUCCUGUAUAAUGUUAAACGAAGGAAAUUUCUCGAGCUACCGCCAUUAAGUGAAAAGGAACAAGAACAGCGAUUAGCUAAUACUUUGGCAUUUGUAUUUAACCAUACUGUAGAAAAAAGUAAUCUGGACAAUAAUCCAGAUGAAGUAGUAGUCAAUAUAGAAGAUGAGGAAAGAAUUAGUUUGGACACAAUCGAAUCAAAAAUCAUUAGUACUAUUUUAAGAAUGGAUAAGGAUUGUCCCUUGGAAAUUAAACAUGAUUAUAAAUUUGUUUGGUUGGAUAAGUUGAAUAAACGUAUACAAUGCAAUCAACUCGAUAAAAACGAUAUAAUCUACUUUAACCAAAAGUCCUACUUGACUACUUUGAUGAGGUUUAACGAAUCAAUCAAACUAUCUCUAUAA